CGUGAAGAUUUCAUGUUUCCUUUACAUGACUUUUAGUUGAGUUUUGAUAACAGUUGUUACGGAAAACAAACUUGAAUUGAAUGGAUGUUGACAGUUGAGUUGAGUGUGGCUUAUAAACAAUAAACAAGAUGAGUGCUGGUAUGGUUUCAGUACCUGUUAUAAUUCCUUUAAAAGCACCAGGAAGUGGUACGACUGGUUCUCGUAAAUGGAUGAUUGAUGCGUCAACAUUAGUGGAAGUGCAUUCAAAUACUAAAGACUGUCUGUUAUUUUAUACACUAAAUGGUAGCAAGCCUGAUCCAUUCAAAAAAAUUGGAGACAGGACAACAUACCAGUAUUCUAAACCUUUCACCUUGAAUCCAGGCAAGAGAACAGUAAAAGCAAUAGCUGUGCUUAAAGAUGGAACUAAGGAGAGUUCGAUAAACACAAAAGUAUUUCAAGUUGAUCCGGUGGAGGAGAAAAGCGAUGAAGAAACUGACCAAAAAUUAAAUACAACUUGGGAGGAGCAAGCACUACCAAGGGAUUUAGAAGAUUCUAACAAGAUUGAACGAAAUAUGUUUAAGAAAGUUAUACGUAAAGAACAUUUUAAGAAAACGCCACCACAAGUUGCUGGUGAAGUUGUAAAGAAAGUACUAACUGAUUCACCAUCUGUACGUGAAAUAGAAAAGUCAAAUGAUGAUUAUGACAAUGCAAUGCGUUGUCUUCGUUGCAAUACACUAAGACCAGCAGACCCUUAUGCAAGGUUCUGUAAUGGCUGUGGAUCCAACCUUCCACCUGCGCCUGGGCGCAUAAGAAGUCCACCUGUCCCACCUUCCUUCGAAACCUUUCCAUGUGCUAAUUGUGGUUCAAUAAUUCCCUCUGAGCUGUCAUUUUGCACUGUGUGUGAUAUUGCAAUAAAAACAAAUUCGAAAACACAAUGUAAAAAUGAGCAUAAGUGUGCAAAUUGUGGAACAACAAAUCCCCCAGAUGCAGUAGAAUGUUUGGUUUGUGAUGAAAAAUUAAAAAUUAAAUCAUCUCCACGUAUCUCGAAAACUCCAAGACCAUCUAGUGAUUAUGUUGUUUGCCCAUUUUGUAGCAGAGUAAACAGUGCUGAUGCACGCUUUUGUGACUGGUGUAGAGAGAAACCUCAACCACCAACAGCUACUACCGCAUGUCAGCUUUGUUUUACAGAAAACGGCUUAUACUCUCAGUAUUGCUGCUCAUGUGGUAAGGUUUUACCUGCUCCACUCCAAAAAGAUUUUGAAGAAAUCCUAGAAAAUGGCGAGCUGUCAGUAAAACACCAGAUGGGAUCAGCAUCAGAAAUGCUUCAUGAUCUAGCUAAAGGUGAGAGUCCUAACUGGCGAAAAGUACCAUUCCAACCAACAUCUAAGAAGAGGUCUAAAAAUGCAUCAACUCAAGCAGGUGAUGGUGUAUUAUCAAAUGUGGAUAAGUUUUCUGGAAUAAAUGCAAAGCCUAGUCCAGGCAAAGGAUUUUGGCGUCAACAAGUUGAGCAUGUUAAUCACCAUUUGAAAGUUUAUACACAAAAUAAUUUAGAGUUUCGAGAGUCUUUUAGCAAACAUAUUAUAUCUCGUCUGAUAACUGCUUCUGUUGAAGAAUCCACUGAAGAUUCAGAGCUUGUUUUAACUGUAAGAUUUGGUUUAAGAGCUGAAGAUGUAAACAAGAUUGCCAAAAAAGGCUUGAAAAAUGUUCAGUCUGGCCAAACCCUCAUAAAUGCAAUGACAACUAGCUCUAAUGCAAAGUCUGGGGCGUCUGGAUCUCGGCCAUCAUCUGGUAGACAGCGACCUGGCUCUGCUAAUUCAAGACCAAAUUCAGCCAGAAAAAAGAAAACACAUAAAGCCAUUGAAAAGGAAAAGAUUGCAGUUAAACUCUCAAAAUUAUCUGAAGACAACUUAAAACUUUUAAACAUGAUCAAAUCUACAAAAACAUUAGACCAGGACAAAGUACAAGAAUUGCUGGAUCUUGAAGAUGUCAAUCCUAAUACAAAAGACGAAAAUAAUAUUCCUUUGUUGAAGCUCUGUAUUUUACAGAAACAUUUUGAUAUUAUUCAAAUACUUAUUAAAGCAGGAGCGUAUAUAAACGAGACUUCCGGAAUGAAGGAAACAACUGCAUUGCAUGAAGCAGUUUUACUUGGUAUUACUGGAAAAGAUGCUGUAGCAAUUCUGCUGGAGAAUGAUGCUUCGCCAGAUGUGAAAGAUAAAAAAGGAAGAACUCCUUAUGAGUUAGCAUUAGACUCUGGUACAGAAAUUUUAAUUGAUAAGUUUACAAAACAUUCAUCACAAGACUUGUUAAAAGAUGUUAUGAAAAUUUAGUAGUUUUUACUGCUUUUUACAAGCUGUGUGGAAAAAAUUUGAAUCUUGUUGAAAUAGCUUUGAUUAAUUUUUUAAAACUCUUUUUAAAAUAGUGUUUAUAUUAAAUUUUUUUGUCAUUGUGUUGUUGAAAUUUGUUACAACUGUCAAUGUCGAAAUUUUAAUAUUUUUGUUAAUUAAUUUGUUGAUUUUUAAGAAAAUAUGUUACAUUGUUAAAAGUAACCCUUGAAAAUCUAGAAAGAAAUUUCUUUAGUGGAAUUAAAUGACCACUCUCAUACUAUUUAGAUUAUAUAAUAAUGAAGAUUGUGUGAUAAUGUAUAAAGUGGAUUAAAACCAAUUAAUUUUUAAAAAUUUUGUUCAUUGUAACAUUUUCUACUUCAAAAUGCUUGCUGUUUUUUUAAUUUUGAAUCGGCUAAAUAAUUACUUUUAAGGAUUUUAAUUUUCAUCAACUUGCAAUCUUUUCAGGGUUUUAUUUUCACCAGUCAUCUGAAUAUUACAAAAAACACCUUUUUGUUCUUUUUUAUUCUAAUUCAGUUUAUUAUAUUUUACUAGUUUUAGAUGAAGGUAGAAGGAGACACAAAUGGAGGGAGCUAAAUAAAUAAUUUUUAGAAACACAAUGUUUUUAUAUCAAUAAACAUCACAUCCCUUCCUGUUUCAUUAUCCUUAUCUAACAUUAAAUGUUUAACGUAUUCCCUACCUUUUCUGUGAGGGGGAGAGGGGAGGCUAAAGAAAGAAAGAGGUUUUAAUGUUUGAGUCUGCAUGGGAGGAAGGCUAUUAGAAAAAUUUUAAAAAUAAAUGUUAACAAGAGCUUAUUUCAAAACAAAUUUCUUGUAUUACUAUCAUUUUUUAAAUUGAUUAUUUUUUUAAGAGAAUGCCUUGCAACAUUUUACUCUUUUGUAAUGUGAAAUCCUUUAGGUGCAGUGAAACCAAAGUAUACAUUUACAUGUUUGGUGUAUUAAGGAUGCAUAAAUUAAUUACUAAAAUUUGGGACAAUGUUAAUUUUGGACAAAACACAUUUUUCCUCAAAUCAUAAUGCCCCAAAAUUCUUGUUGUCUGGAAAUCGUCUGAAAUUUCGAAUGAAUGCAAUAUUUUUCUUACAUUAAAAGCAGACAUUAAAUGUUAAAAUUUUUUUUUUUCUGUAGAAUUAGUAAACCUCACUCACAAGAAGAUAUAAUUGUUCAAAUGACAAACAUCUUCCCAUUGGAGGAUCGUUUUAUCAGGGAGCCCAUUUAAAGCUAAAUCACUUUUUAUGUUGUGUAUUAGGCUAAUGUAUUUUCUUACAUAUAAAUAUGUUGACUAUAAGUAGUCUUUCAUCUCAAAUUGUGUUUAUCUCAAUUAUUUGGGUCCCUAAGUUUUUGAUAAUGUAUUCCUUCUGAGCACGAACUAUUCUGUUCCCAACUGUCAUUUGAAGUAAAACAGCUUCUUGAUUAUUAUUCACAAAACCCUGUUUUUUUAUUUAUCUUACUUUUAUCUUUAGGACGUAAUAUCUAGAGAGUUUUAUUUUAAUUGUUGUUGAAGUUUUAAAGCUAUACUGUAUACUGUCAUUAAAUAUAAAAAAAUGAUCACAAUGUCAAUUCUGUCACAAAUGAUUUUAUCACAAAAAUUAUGAGUAAAGAUAAAGUAAAUUUUUUUGUACAAUACAAUUACAAAACUGUACAUAACAGAUGUCUUCACAGUAGUUAACCCUUAAAAGACUGGUCCAAAAAAUAUACGGUCAAAAACAGUGCCACAGUUGGACCACAAAAACUUCUGAGGACUGGUUUGUCAUAAAAGGUAUGUGUGUUAGGAUGAAUUGGGCUACCUAAUGUUACUAAACAUGAACCGUCUAGGCCUUGUCCUCAGCCACCAAUCACGCUUCAAGUUUUGGGAAGCUGAUUAUGUCCAUCCUUAAUUAAGGGUUAAAAAAGGAUUGAAAUUAAUUUUAUCAUAUUUAAUGUAGUAUUUACUGUAGCAUAGUUAAAAAGUGUAUAUAUCAUUAAUAUUUUAACUUGUUUAUAGAAUGUGUCAAAUAUUGAUGUGAAUACUUUUUUGUGGAUUUAUUAUGGAUUAUAUUGAUUUUUUACUUGUUAUAUAUGUAAUCUGGUAUGGAGAGUUGCAUACAUCAAUCUUUUUUGACAAAAACAACAACUUAGUUUUCUUUUAA